AUGCCUCCUUCAACAUGCGGAUCCUCUAUCGCCGAGCUAGAGAACGACGCCUCCGUCACUAACCUGGCAGAAGUUAGAGCGCCUGACCACGGACUCCACAAAUCUCCACCCAACGCUGAAAUGUUAACUAGCGACAUGGAAAUCGCCGACACCGACCAAGGUGAAUGGUACGAUGCCAAGACAUCCAAGAAGCGCAAAAAGAACUCCAGUUCGAGCAAAAGCGGAGACACAGUUACGAACUCGCCUACCACGACAGUUGGCCUGACUGUAAUUUUUGUACCAGCGGUUGAAAACCAGAAAAUUACAGCGAUCAGCAGUCUAAAACUGUCUGUUGCAUUGGAACAGCUGUGUCCCGAAUGCAUCCACGAGAUUAGGCCCAACAGCAGAUUAAAUCUGAUCGCAGUGGACACUCGAAAUGGUCAGAAGACCCGUGCGCUCCUUGCCUGUACUCAGAUCUGCGGCUUGAAAGUUCGGGCGUACGAGCCCGUCCCGCGGCACUUCGCAGUAGGAGUGAUCAAAGACGUGGACACUUCACUUUCUGAUGCCGAAAUUGAACAGCAUAUGAGAUCACCAGAAGGCCGAGUGGCGAGAAUUCGACGGCUUAGACAAAGUUCCAUAGUAAAGAUAGCGUUCAGCGAAACAACGUUGCCGAGUUUUGUUUAUCUCGGUCACGUUCGCCAUCCGGUGACCCCGUUCAAGGAACGCCCAAUUCAGUGCCGCAGAUGUUGUGGAUAUGGACAUCGCGAAGCCAACUGCAAGCGCCCACCUAUCUGCAGUCGCUGUGGAGAAGCCCACGACGGAAACGACACGUGUUCUGGUCAAGAAAAAUGCGUGAACUGCAGUCAAGCUCACGCUGCCACGUCCUCUUCCUGCCCAAAAUGGCAGAGAGAAAAACAUUCGUUUGUGGAACUCAUACCGACCAAACGCAGGAAGCAGAGCAUAUUCGUUCUAAAUGUGUACAGCAGCCCGUCCAAUCGCCGCCAGAGGUUCCGGGCGCUGCUCCAGAAGGCACUCAAGACCGCCGGGUCCCAGACGCUGAUCGCGGGGGGCGACUUCAACGCGGCAGAGGCCGCAUGGGGUUAUGGUUAUAACACGGCCAAGGGGAGGAACCUCGCACAAGACACGCAGGAGCUAGACUUCGCGCUCAUCACGGACCCGGCGCACCCGACGAGACUGGGCAACUCGGCCACCAGGGACACGACCCCGGAUCUGACGUUCGUCAGAAACGCGGGGACAGCGAACGUUACGUGGAGCAACACGACGGUUGACCGGGGCAGGGACCACGCGAUCAUCGAGAUACACGUCCCAACACCGGACAGAAUGCAAGGCAGCAAGCGCACCUUUACGUGGACGGAUUGGGAGGACUUCAGAAAGCAACGCGACCGACAACAACACGAAGCAGAAGAGAUCACGGACAUCGAAGCGUGGUCCCGCGAGUUAGUCGAGGACGCCAAAGCGUCGACCAAGACGAUCGAGACCGACGUCGACACCGACAAGAUGGACAGCCGCCUGGCGCACCUCAUUGAGGCGAAGAAUUCGAUUCUGGCCAGAUGGACGAAACAGAGACUCAACCGGAGACUCAGAAAAAAGGUUGCGGAGCUCAAUCGCAGCAUCGAGGAGCACUGCCGCACGCUCAACCGCCAGCAGUGGGAUGAGAUGUGCAACGCGGUGGACGGCCAACUACACAACGGCAAAGCGUGGAGCCUACUAAAGCAUCUGCUGGACGCAACAGACACCAAGUCUCACCAGAGGGACCAUCUCGCACGCCUGAUACACAAGGAGAUCGGGGAAAGCGGGAAAGAUGUGGUGGCUGCCCGCCUGCGAGCGAAAUACCUUCCGGAGACCCCGACCGCGCAGCACGGCCCGUACAAGGGCGAGCCCAAUGAAGAAUUAGACAGAGACUUCAACGUGGAAGAGAUCAGAACAGCACUGCACGAACUCAACAGCAGGUCGGCACCGGGCCCCGACGGGGUGUCGAACCGCGCCCUAAAGAAUCUCGAUGACCGCUCAAUGGAACAGCUGACAGACUACAUCAACACCUGCUGGCGGCGAGGCAGCCUCCCGCGCCAGUGGAAGACCGCGAAGAUGAUCCUAAUACCAAAACCCGGCAAACCACCGAGCCUCGACAACCUCCGCCCCAUAUCGCUGACAUCGUGCGUCGGUAAAGUCAUGGAGCACGCACUGCUCAACCGUUGGCAAGUGUACCUGGAACAAAAAGGGAUCUACCCACCGUCCCUCAUAGGCUUCCGCCAAAACCUCGGCACGCACGACGCCAUGUUACAAUUAAAACACCAAGUGCUGGAUAACAAGACCAGGGGAACUAGGGCGAUCCUCGGACUCGACCUAGAAAGCGCUUUCGACAAGGUCGUUCACUCGGCGAUUCUGCGACAAAUUUCACAACGAAACCUCGGCCUGCGCACUUACAACUAUGUGAAAGACUUCCUGACGGACAGACGCGCCGUACUAGUGGCAAAAGAUCUCCAGCUGGAAGAGCAAACGUUGGGCAGCGCCGGCACCCCGCAGGGCUCGGUCAUCUCGCCCACACUUUUCAACCUGGUCAUGAUCGGGGUGGCAGAGAAGCUGCAAGACAUCGAAGACGUCCGGCACACCAUAUACGCUGACGACAUCACUCUCUGGGUGCACAGAGGCAGCGACGGUCAUAUCGAGUCGACGCUGCAGUCAGCAAUUGACGCAAUAGAGGCCCAUCUUCAAGGCACGGGCCUGCGGUGCUCGCCCAAGAAGUCAGAACUCCUGCUCUACCGCCCCGCACAACGGGGCGAACUUAAAGCCCGAAAAAACUGUGAGGAAAUCAGUCUACGCACGAGCGAUGGCACGACCAUCCCGACAGUCCCCAAAAUCAGAGUCCUCGGCAUGAUAAUCGAAGCCACGGGUCACAACGGCGGAAUCAUCACCAGACUAGUACACAAGACGUCCAACGCCACGAGACUCCUCAAGAGAAUCACCAACAGAAGGAGCGGAAUGAGGGAGGAGAACCUCACGCGACUCAUCCACUCGUUCGUCAUCUGCCAUAUCGCUUACGUUGCGGCCUUUCACAACUGGUACAGGAAAGAAGAAGACAAGAUCAACGUCCUGAUACGCAGGGUAUACAAGAUCGCCUUGGGCCUGCCGGAAUCCACAAGCACAGACCGCCUGCUCCAGCUGGGCAUCCACAACACGCUGAACGAAAUCGCAGAGGCACAGCGCACCUCGCAACUGGAGAGGUUGUCCGGCACGAACGCUGGCCGCCGCAUCCUCGAGAACCUCGGCAUCAGAUACCACACACAGCAGGGCCACAAAGUCACCAUCCCAGUCGCGAUCCGGGAGACAAUAAGAGUCCAUCCGAUCCCCAGAAACGUUCACCCGGAGUACAACCGAGGCAGAAGAGAGGCCCGAGCCAAGGCUCUCCUCAAUGCCCACAGCAACAAUAUGGGUACGCGAUUCGUGGACGCCGCCGAGUACGAGAGAGGCUCCCGAUUUGCCGUGGCGGUCGUCGAUUCAGACGGGGAAACGAAGAUAUCAGCAAGCGUGACAUGCGAACGCGCCGAAGAAGCGGAGGAAAUAGCAGUCGCCCUCGCCCUUACGGACCCGGCGUCCAAUACAGUCCUCUGUGACUCGAGACAAGUAAUCAGGAACUUCGCCAAAGGACGGAUAUCGCCACGAGCAGCCCGAAUCAUAAGCCAACGCCAAGUCCACCUAGAACCAGAACCCCCAACCCGACUCCUGUGGUUCCCCGCACACGUGGGGGAAGUCUCCGAGGAGCAUCAUAACGGCAACGAGACGGCACACGCCAGGGCGCGCGAGCUAACAAACCGCACCGGCGACGGUCGUCCGUGGUACAGCAGCAAGGACCGUAUGACGAGCUACAACGAAAUCACCAAGACCUUCCGCCUGGCCCGACGGACACUCCCUCCGCCCAGCGACAAGCUGGACAGGGCACAGGCGGUCGCAUUCAGACAACUGCAGACGCGCACGUACCCUAACCCGGCACAGUAUCAUAGAAUGUUUCCCGAAAUAUACACGACGAACACGUGUAAGGUCUGCCGCAAAGAGGUAGCCACGUUAACCCACAUGCUCUGGGACUGCACCAAAGACCCGCACGGUGCUAACUCCGGAACCCUCCCGCCGCGGCUGUCCGCUGCCCUGUGCAGCCCCAGCCUCGACGAUCAACUCUGGGCCGUCCAGCAGGCCUGUGAGGCGGUGAAGCGGCAGGACUUCGACGCCCCUAGACGGGCGAAGAGGACCAGCGGCAACGCCCCCAAGCGGGUGACUUAGGCCCGGUCAGCGAAAGCUCUGCAGGCAUUCAAUAAAGU